AUGUGGGCUAGCACCAUUGACGCCGAGGCUCUCCGCCAUAGAGAGCCUGGUGUGCCAGUGAAUCAAUGGCAUCGUGAAGACGCACCGCCGGAUCCAAACCGACUUCAGGUACCUGAAACGGCACGAGAAUUAGCGGGCCAAGGUGGACCUCACGACUCUAACGCUGCCGGAAGUGGAGAAGGAACUUGGGGCGAGCGCGAUGUCGGUGGCUUUGGUGAGCAAGAAGCUAUGGAAGAAUUGGAGGUGUUGAGGCAUAACCUCUCACAGUUGCAUAGAACAAGAACCCGGGAUACACAAAAUAGCAAACGCUUCGACCUAACGCAGGUCCGCAGUCGCCGGAGUGAAGCCAACGACAUAUCGAGGCGGCAAACAAGAGACGGCGGAGCGGUCGAACUUGAUGGCGACGAGAAGUUCGAAGUAGAAGCGGACGAAGGUGAAUUCGAACUAGGAGAAUUUAUGCGCGAUGGCCACUUCGAAAAGCGUGGAGAGGCAGGCUCUGAAAAACGAGUCGGUGUUAUCUACAAGAACCUCAACGUUAAGGGUGUUGAGAGCACAUCCUCUUUCGUCCGCACCGUCCCUGAUGCCGUGCUUGGAACAUUCGGCCCCGAUUUAUAUCGUAUCCUCUCGGGUUUCUUCCCCGCUCUACGAUUUGGACGAAAACCACCGACGCGAACUCUGAUCAACGAUUUCACUGGUUGUGUGCGCGAUGGCGAGAUGAUGCUUGUACUAGGCCGUCCCGGCUCUGGAUGCAGCACAUUCCUCAAGGCGGUCAGCAACAACACCGAAUCCUUCGCGGCUGUCGAAGGCGAAUUAUCAUAUGGCGGCAUUUCGGCAAAGAAGCAGAAACAUAUGUACCGAGGCGAAGUAAAUUACAAUCCGGAGGAUGAUACCCAUUUUGCUUCGCUCAACGUCUGGCAGACAUUUACGUUCGCUCUUAUGAACAAGACGAAAAGGGGAUGCAAAGAAGAAAUUCCAAUCAUAGCUGAUGCAUUGAUGAAAAUAUUUGGUAUCAGUCAUACGAAAUACACGCGUAUUGGUGAUGAAUACAUCCGGGGUGUAUCUGGUGGUGAGCGCAAACGAGUAUCUAUCGCCGAGACACUUGCAUCAAAGUCGACAGUUAUGGCAUGGGAUAAUUCAACACGCGGAUUGGACGCCUCGACCGCUCUCGAUUACGCCAAGUCGCUCCGUAUUAUGACCGACAUUAGCAAUCGCACGACGCUUGUAACACUAUAUCAAGCCGGCGAGGGUAUCUACGAACUCAUGGACAAGGUCAUGGUUAUCGAUGAAGGCCGACAAAUAUUCUCCGGUCCCGCCAAGGAUGCAAAACAAUACUUCAUCGACUUAGGCUUCGAAUGCCCAGAACGACAGACCACCGCAGACUUCCUCACCGCUGUCACCGACCCGAACGAAAGACGAUUCCGACCAGGAUUUGAACACAAAGCGCCCAAAACAGCUGAAGAACUAGAAAAGGCUUUCCGCGACUCACCAAACUACCAAAAAUUGUUAGACGAUGUUCGGGAUUAUGAAGAGCAUCUACAACGCACCGACUUCGCCGACGCGAAAAGAUUCGAAGGCGCGGUGCAGGACUCCAAGUCGAGGCACGUUAGCAAGAAAUCUCCCUACACAGUUUCAUUCACCCGCCAAGUGUGGGCCUGUACGAAACGAGAAUUCUGGCUGCUAUUCGGCGACACAGCAACCCUUUGGACGAAAUUCUUCAUUGUCAUCUCUAACGGUCUCAUCGUCGGCUCAAUCUAUUAUAAUCAACCAUUUUCGACUGCCGGAGCAUUCACCCGUGGUGGUGCACUGUUUUUCGCAAUCGUGUUCCUUGGCUGGCUUCAAUUGUCCGAGCUCACAAAUGCAGUCUCUGGGCGAGCUGUCGUCGCCCGCCAUCGUGACUACGCUUUCUACCGCCCCUCCGCUGUCUCAAUUGCCCGUGUUAUCCAAGAUAUUCCGGUAGUCUUUGUCCAAGUCUGCCUCUUCGCUACGCCCAUGUAUUUCAUGACAAAUAUGGAUAUCGACGUGAGCAAGUUCUGGAUCUACAUGCUUUUUGUCUACAUCACCACUAUAAUGACCACCGCUAUGUAUCGCAUGUUCGCAAGCUUGUCACCCGAAAUCAAUACGGCUGUGCGAUUUUCUAGUAUGGCACUCAACUUGCUUGUUAUCUACACUGGAUAUGUCCUUCCCAAGAGGCAACUCCUAAACGAUUACAUCUGGUUCGGCUGGUUGUAUUGGAUAAACCCGCUGUCUUACAGUUUCGAGGCGGUCUUGACGAAUGAGCUCUCAAACCGAAUAAUGGAAUGCGCGCCUGAACAGCUCGUACCCCAGGGUGACGGCGUACUACCAGAAUUUCAGGGAUGCGCUCUCCGCGGGUCCAGCCCCAAUUCUCGAUCUGUCCCAGGAAGUGAUUACUUGCAGUCCUCUUUAAACUACAGCCGUUCAAACCUUUGGCGAAACUUUGGUGUUGUGAUUGCGUUUACGGUCUUGUACAUCAUUAUCACAGUCGUCGCAACAGAAAUGUUCGACUUUUCGUCCGAAGGCGGCGGUGCGCUCAUAUUCAAGAAGAGUCGAAAAGCUAAGGAAGAAGCGCGCAAAGCUGCAGCACCAUCCGACGUUGAGAAAAGCGGAGGGGUCGCUAGUAGCGGAUCUUCGACGACUAGGACUGGUGCUGCUCAGGCCACGGCCGAGGAACAAAAAGAGACCCUGGAGCAAUUGACGAAGAGUGAUUCUAUUUUCACUUGGAGGGAUGUGGAGUAUACGGUACCCUACCUCGGUGGCGAGCGCAAGCUAUUGAACAAAGUAAGCGGAUACGCCAAGCCUGGUAUCAUGGUCGCACUCAUGGGCGCAUCCGGAGCUGGUAAAUCGACCCUAUUAAAUACGUUGGCGCAACGUCAGCGCAUUGGUGUUAUUUCGGGCGAGAUGUUCGUCGACGGCAAGCCAUUGGGUCCGGAGUUCCAGCGGAACACGGGAUUCUGUCUUCAAGGAGAUCUCCAUGACCGCACUCAGACAAUUCGCGAAGCUAUUGAAUUCUCGGCGCUCCUACGACAAGAGGCUUCAAUCCCCCGAGCUGAAAAACUCGCAUAUGUGGACAAGAUUAUUGAUCUACUCGAGCUUAAUGACCUCCAAGAUGCGAUCAUUAGUUCCCUUGGCGUCGAAUUGCGCAAGCGACUUACCAUUGGUGUCGAACUUGCUGCCAAGCCAUCUCUGCUUCUGUUCCUCGACGAGCCAACGUCAGGUCUGGAUUCUCAAUCUGCCUACUCUAUCGUCACUUUCCUCAAGAAGCUCUGCGCCGCCGGUCAGGCUAUCGUUUGCACGAUCCACCAGCCUAGUUCAGUUUUAAUCCAGCAAUUUGACAUGGUGCUCGCACUUAACCCGGGUGGAAAUACGUUUUACUUCGGUCCUAUCGGAGAGAAUGGCAAGGACGUAAUUAAGUACUUCGCCGACCGUGGCGCAACAUGCCCUCCCGGAAAGAACGUAGCCGAGUUCAUCCUAGAAACGGCAGCUCGACCGCAUAAGCGCCCGGAUGGUACAAAAGUUGAUUGGAAUGAAGAAUGGAGAACCAGCGAAGAAGCGCAAGAAGUCCUCAGGGAAAUCGACGGUCUCAAGAGGGUUCGUAGCACUGUGUCGCGUGACGAUAAACUCACAAAGGAACAGCAGCAAGAAUACGCUGUAUCGGUAUGGUUGCAGACAACGGAGUUGACGAAGCGCAUGUUCAGACAAUAUUGGCGUGACCCCUCCUACUUGUAUGGAAAAUUCUUCGUUGCGGUCGUCACUGGUAUCUUCAACGGUUUCACAUUCUGGCAGCUCGGAUACAGUAUCCAAGAUAUGCAAAACCGCAUGUUCACCAGUUUCAUGAUCGUUACGAUCCCUCCUACUAUUGUCAAUGCUGUGGUACCUAAGUUCGAUAAGAAUAUGGCGCUAUGGGAAGCCCGCGAAUACCCCUCUCGUAUCUACGGGUGGGUUGCUUUCUGCACAGCGAACAUCGUCGCAGAACUUCCUGCUGCAGUGAUUUCUGGCGUGCUUUACUGGGUACUAUGGUGCUGGCCCUCUGGUCUCGCCAGCGUAAGCUCGACUGCCGCCGGAUAUUCGUUCUUGAUGACAAUACUUGUCUUCCUAUUCAUGUCGAGUUGGGGUCAAUGGAUCUGCGCUUUCGCGCCAAGCUUCACCGUUAUCUCAAACAUUUUGCCAUUCUUCUUCGUCAUGUUCGGUCUGUUUAAUGGUGUUGUACAAUCUUACUCGAUGCUUCCCGUGUUUUGGAGGUACUUCAUGUACUGGGCCAAUCCAGCCACAUACUGGAUCGGUGGUAUGCUGGCGGCAACGAUCGAUGGUAUUCCCGUUCAGUGCGAUCCAUCAGAAACCGCUCAAUUCGACGCGCCCCCAAAUCAAACUUGUCAGACAUACGCUGGUGACUUCGCAAAGGCCGCUGGAGGCUACCUACUUAAUCCGGAUGCUACAAGAGAUUGCCAGUACUGUCCUUACAGCGUCGGUAAUCAGUAUCUCACAACGCUAAACGUCGAUGCCGAUGACAAAUGGAGAGAUUUCGGUAUUUUCUUGGCCUUUUGCAUCUCAAACUGGGCUCUCGUGUACUUCUUCAUUUACACGGUACGCGUUCGCGGCUGGAGUUUCGGUUUUGGCUACUUGUUCCGUACUCUUGGCAAGUUUGUUGGUGAAUUGAAGAAAUCGCUAAAGCGGCUCACAAAGAAAAACGAAUAA